CACUGCUGCGACCUCGGUGCCAAGGCCCGGCGGCCACGUUCCUUCAGCACUCGCAGCCGGGUGUUGCUCUUCCGCCUUCCCAGCUCGCAGCCUUGCUGUGCCUGCUCCACCGAGCCGCACCAGCUCUCCUGGGAUGCGCAGGGAUGACAGGCGUGAUGUGGCCACUGCUGCGAGCCUGGCCCCGCAGGCUGGGCUCCUUCUGGAGGGUGCAAGCAGCGCCAAGGUGCGCCCCUCCACCUGCACGCUUGGCCUUUACAACAGAUCGCCAGUCUUCCGGAGAAAAUGAGAAAACGGUACAAAAGUUCUGCAAACUUUCUGUCGACAUCAGGAAAAUCCGGAGGUUGAAAGGAUGGGUGCUUCAGGUGGAAGAAGCCUACGUGGAAGAGGUGGCAAGUGUCUUAUGCGGCCUGGGUGCCAACGUGGCCCAGGUGGCCCGCAUCCUGGAGCGCUGCCCAGAGGCCGUCCUCUGCAGCCCUGCCGCGGUCGCCACCCAGAGGGACCUCUGGCAGCUGGUUUGCGGCAGUGAGCACGAGUUACUCAGGCUAGUAGAGCAGUUUCCAGAGGCCUUCUUCUCGGUCCAGGACCAGCAGAACCUCAGGCUCAACAUUCAGCUCUUUCAAGAGCUGGGGCUCAGGAAAGUGGUCAUCAGCAGGUUUCUGACAACGGCAUGCGGUAUCUUCCAUCAUCCUGUUGAGAAGAACAGACAAAUGAUAGGCGUGCUCCAGGAGAGUUACCUCAACAGAGGCGGGUCAGAGGCCAACAUGAAAGUGUGGCUACUGAAAUUAUUAAGCCAGAAUCCGUUUAUUUUGUUCAGUUCUCCUGUGGCUGUGAGAGAAACUCUAGAAUGUAUCCAGGAGCAGGGUUUCACAAACUCAGAAAUUCUUCAACUUCUCUCCAAACUCAAAGGGUUCCUUUUUCAUCUCUGUCCAAGAGGCAUUCAGAGCAGUAUUUCCUUCUUGAAAAAUGCAUUUGAAUGCACAGAUCAUGACCUGAAGCAGUUAAUUCUGAAAUGUCCUGCACUUUUGUAUUAUUCUGUUCCAGUUUUAGAAGAGCGAAUUCAGGGCUUAGUGAAAGAGGGUAUUUCCAUAGCUCAGUUAAGAGAGACACCGAUGGUUCUUGAAUUAACACCACAAAUAGUUCAGUACAGAAUAAGGAAACUAAAUUCCUUGGGCUACAGGAUAAAGGAUGGACAUCUAGCAGGUCUGAAUGGAACAAAAAAGGAGUUUGAGGCUAACUUUGGCAAAAUUCAAGCCAAAAGAGAAAGACCUUUAUUUAACCCCGUGGCACCAUUAAAUGUUGAAGAGUAACUGACAUUAUUUCUAGCAAAACAGCAUGAAAUGUCUAUAAUUAUGUGCCUCAUGCUGCUUACAGUCAACUGUAGUUUCUGAGUUGUGUUUAAAAUUACUUUGAGGGGCUGAGGAUACAGCUCAACUGCACAGUGCUUGCCUGGGAAGUUCGAGGUCUUGAGUUCAGUAUCAAAAUAU